AUGGUUUCACUUGAUGAUAUUGCUAGUGAGAUCAAUAUCAAUCAACUUGAUUGUGUUCAAACUGGUACAAAGACUGUUGGAUCGAAUGUGCCAGUUAUAGGAAUGCUGUUUGAAUCGGUUGAUGAUAUAUUUAAAUUUUACAAGAAAUAUGGUCAAGUAAAUGGGUUUUCAGUCAAGAGGAGGUCAUUAACGAAGGAUGCGAAUGGUGAUUACAAAUAUAUGAUAUUUUCAUGCGGGAGGUCGAAUAAAUUUGUAUCACGUUCGAAGAAUCCAGUCAAUCAUCGUGGCUAUAGUAAGAAUGAGUGCAAGGCGAGGCUUGUUGGUAGACUUUCUGUUGAUGGGAAAUGGAAGAUUACAUUGUUUGAAGAUGUCCACAACCACGAUCUAAGUCCUAGUCAUUCUAGAUUCUUCUCAUGUAACAGAGAAAUAAAUCCGUCUAUGAAAAGACAACUAGAGAUUAAUGAUAUUGCUGGAAUUCGACCGAACAAGAGUUUCAAUUCAUUUGUCAUUGGUGCCGGUGGUCAUGAUAAUAUUCAAUUUCUGGAGAGAGAUACUAGAAACCUUCUUGCUAGGACUAGGCGUUUGCGCCUUGGCGAAGGGGAUGCUAAUGCCAUACAUGAUUACUUUCUUAAAAUGCAAGCUAAUAAUCAGGGGUUUUUUUCAUUGAUAGAUUGGGAUGAUGAUGGGCGUUUAAGGAACGUUUUUUGGGCAGAUCCGCGUAGCAGGGCAGCUUAUCAUGAAUUUGGUGAUGUCGUUACGUUCGAUACGACAUACCUAACUACCAAGUAUGACAUGCCAUUUGCCCCCUUUGUUGGUGUCAAUCACCGUGGGCAUUCAAUACUUCUUGGUUGUGGUUUGAUUUCUAGUGAGGACACUAAAACCUUCGUUUGGUUAUUUAGGACAUGGUUAGCGUGCAUGGGUGGUGUUGCUCCUCAUGGUAUAAUCACUGACCAGGAUAGGGCAAUGAAGAAUGCGAUUGAAAUUGUCUUCCCAAACACAAAGCAUAGAUUGUGUUUAUGGCAUAUCAUGAAGAAGGUGCCUGAGAAAUUUGGUUCACAUGGAGAAUAUGAAUCCAUCAAGCGAAUGUUGGCCGAAGCUGUUUAUGACUCCCAUAGUAUCGAUGAAUUUGAAAAUAAAUGGAGUAUGCUUAUUUAUCUGCAUAAUCUGGAUGGUAAUUCUUGGCUGGAGAAUAUGUACUUGGAGAAAGAAAAGUGGGUUCCUAUCUACGUCAAAAAAUAUUUUUGGGCGGGAAUGUCAACAACUGGUCGAAGCGAGAGCAUGAAUGCUUUCUUUGACGGUUAUGUGAACUCAAAGACAACGUUGAAACAAUUUGUCGAGCAAUAUCGUAAUGCUUUGCAGAAGAAAAUUGAGAAGGAAUGUCAGGCGGAUUUUGACUUAUCCCACAAGCAGUUAGUGUGUGUUACAAAAUACGAAAUGGAAAUGCAAAUGCAAAAAGUGGUGACUCAAGAGAAGUUUUUAGAGUUUUAG